AUGAUUCAAAUCUCGGGCUUGCCUCGGCGACAGGGGUCUCUUCUGACUCAGCUUCGGAUGCGUCACAUUGCGCUGAAUGCCUUCCUCCACCGGAUCAAGGUGGUCGAGGACCCGCGUUGCGAUCACUGUGCCCGCGGGGUUCACGAAUCGAUCAGGCACUUUUUGUUUGAGUGCCCGGCCUGGGGUCGGGCGAGGCAGGAGGUGGUUCGGGCGCUUGGUCGUCGGGCCGAAUCGUUGGCCUACCUGUUGAACGAUGAGAAGGGGGUCAAAGCGUUGAUGUGUUUCAUGAACUCGACUGGGCGGUUCCGAAAGACUUAUGGGGACAUCGCUCGUAGGAAGUGCACGGCUUAG